UUGUUUACAGGUAAAUUAGUGACAUUAAAUACCCCAACGAUGGCUUCCAGUUCAUCCCAGGAACUCAGGAGAUCUAAAGGAGUUGAUGUUGAGAAUGUCCCUGUACCCAGUCCAAGAAACCUGUCUGCAACCAAAAUUUCAAGUGUAGAAAAGAGUGAUGCUCUUCAAGUCAAUAAGUCAAGUGACAGGCCAGAUUUGCAGGCAGCCUCCAGCACCCUGGAAUGGGGGAAGCAAGACAUGACAUUGUUACAGGAGCUGGAUUAUCUGAGACAAACCAAUAAAAAGCUGCAGGAAACCCUGAUGAGUCGAGAGCGGGAUCUGGACACCCUCAAGUUGGAUGUAGAACUGCUGGAACAAGCCACACAGGCCAGGAUCGCUGAGAAAACUGCAGCACUUGUGGAAGAAGUAUACUGUGCUCAGCGUGAGCGGGAUGAGGCUAUUAUGGCUAGACUCAGACUGGCAAACGAAGAACGAGAUGAGGCCCUUCUCCGUGUGCAGCAACUCCAGUUGGUUCUCAGACAAGUGGAAGAUGUUAACCCUGAAGAAGGUGACAUGACUCUUCAGGAGCUUCUUGGUAGAUUAGGAGAAGCAGAAGGGGGCACAGCUAUUCAGCAGAAUGGGGAACUCAUUCUGGAGCGUAUAAGGAGGAGUCGCGAAAGGCGAGAAGAAAUCACAGCUGAGGAAAUGGGAGCUGUCAUACAAGAGCGAGAUGCAGCUCGUGCUCAGUGCAAACAUCUGGAAAAGGAGCUUCAUCGGGUGAAAGAAAACAAACAGAUCUGUACGGAUAUUGUAACAACGCAGAGGACUUUUGAUCCAGCUUCCAAGGUUCCACUGUCCUUUCUCCAGCAUGAUGAAGACAAGGUUAUAGAAGACUAUAAACGGCUAGAAGAAGAGCUUCAGAACCUGCGUGUUUACUACAGUUUGCACCAGUCCCUUUCUCAAGAAAUAAAUCUAAAGGAGCAGUUCAAUCGUGCAAUGAAUCUUUAUGAUGAAGCUCUGCAGAAUCGAGAGGAGCUCCUCAGCAUCACCCAGCAGCAAAACCAAGAGCUGGCACUCCAACUGCAAGAGUUACAGACCCAGAAUUCAGAGCUUCAAGAAUCCCUGCGCAGGGCAUCUGUAACUAAACAAGAAAUGGAAGAGAAAGAGCACAAGUUGGAAAGACUGGUUGAUGUAUUGCGGAAAAAGGUUGGAGCUGGCAAUGUUCGCACAGUCAUUUGAAUGCCAUCUCGGACUGUAUGAAACCAUUGGGAUACGACACAGCGUUAUACUGCCAGAGACCUUGAGGUUGAGAAAGAACUCUGUAAAUAUGAAGUGAUGGGUAAAGGGGAGGAUUUCUUUCACACAACUAGGUUUACAAAUAAAGUUAUUUAAAAUGCAACACCAA